AUGUGGCGUAUCCUUCAAGGCCGGAGCCAAGGGUGCUUGGGCCAUCGGGGAGUCCUGGCAAGGGCAACCCUGGGGCAGCCAGGGCCCCCGGGUAGCAGAGCCCGGACUAGCGCUGGUUCGCAGAUUGGGGAUGAACACAGCUACGUGGUGGUGGGUGCGGGCUCUGCGGGCUGUGUGCUGGCCAAUCGGCUCACCGAGGACCCUGCAGAGCGGGUGCUGCUGCUGGAGGCAGGGCCCAAGGACUUGCUGGCUGGGAGCAAGCGGCUCCUAUGGAAGAUCCACAUGCCCGCAGCCCUCGUGGACAACCUGUGUGAUGACAAGUAUAACUGGUCCUACCACACAGAGCCACAGCUGGCCAUGGACAGGCGUGCACUGUACUGGCCACGUGGCCGCGUCUGGGGUGGCUCAUCAUCCCUCAAUGCCAUGGUCUACAUCCGUGGGCACGCUGAAGACUACGACCGCUGGCAGAGCCAAGGUGCUGAAGGCUGGGAUUAUGAACACUGCCUGCCCUACUUCCGCAGGGCACAGGGCCACGAGCUGGGUGCCAGCCAGUACCGUGGCGGCGAUGGCCCACUGCGUGUGUCCAGAGGCAAGACAGGCCACCCGCUGCACCUGGCAUUCUUGCAGGCGGCACAGCAGGCCGGCUACCCGCUCACCGACGACAUGAACGGCUUCCAGCAGGAGGGCUUCGGCUGGAUGGAUAUGACCAUCCACGAAGGCAAGCGCUGGAGUGCAGCCUGUGCCUACCUGCACCCGGCACUGAACCGCCCCAACCUCAGGGCUGAAGUCCAGACGCUUGUGAGCAGGGUGCUGUUUGAAGGCACCCGUGCUGUGGGUGUGGAAUACAUCAAGAAUGGCCAGAGCCACCGGGCUUAUGCCAGCAAGGAGGUGAUCCUGAGUGGGGGUGCCAUCAACUCUCCACAGCUGCUCAUGCUUUCAGGCAUUGGGAAUGCAGAUGACCUCAAGAGACUGGGCAUCCCUGUGGUGUGCCACCUGCCUGGAGUUGGCCAGAACCUGCAGGACCACCUGGAGAUAUACAUCCAACAGGCCUGCACCCACCCCAUCACCCUCCACUCAGCCCAGAAGCCCUUGAGGAAGAUCUGCAUUGGACUGGAAUGGCUGUGGAGAUUCACAGGGUACGGAGCCACAUCCCAUCUGGAAACGGGUGGGUUUAUCCGCAGCCAGCCUGGGGUCUCCCACCCAGAUAUUCAGUUCCAUUUCCUGCCAUCCCAAGUGAUUGACCAUGGCCGGGUCCCCACCAAGCAGGAGGCUUACCAGGUACAUGUGGGGCCUAUGCGGAGCCCAAGUGUGGGCUGGCUCAAACUGAGAAGUAAAAAUCCCCAGGACCACCCAAUAAUCCAACCCAACUACUUGUCCACAGAAACAGAUAUCAAAGAAUUCCGUCAGUGUGUGAGGCUGUCCAGAGAAAUUUUUGCACAGGAAGCCCUGGCUCCCUUUCGGGGGGAAGAACUCCAGCCAGGAAGCCACGUUCAGUCCGAUAAGGAGAUAGAUGCCUUUGUGCGGAGAAAAGCCGACAGUGCCUACCACCCCUCAUGCACCUGUAAGAUGGGCCAGCCCUCCGAUCCCAUGGCCGUGGUGGACCCAAAGACCAGGGUCCUGGGGGUAGAAAACCUCAGGGUCGUUGAUGCCUCCAUCAUGCCCAGCAUAGUUAGUGGCAACCUGAACGCCCCCACAAUCAUGAUUGCAGAAAAAGCAGCCGACAUCAUUAAGGGGCAGCCUGCACUCUGGGACAGGGAUGUUCCUGUCUACAAGCCUAAGACCUUGGACACCCAGCGUUAAGACAGCCACUGCCUUAGGAUGACCAGAGAGGCCCCCAGCACGCUGACAGGACGGAUCAGCCAGCCCUUCCUCCAAAUGUUGCCAGAAGCCACCUGGAACACUGGGACCUAGGUAGCCCUAUUCAGUGGCUGAGAACUGGAUAAUGUCUCAGGAAAUGAGACUAGUUCUAGUCAGUAUGUCAAGUUGUUCUCCUCCAGCAUUUUGAUAUAGUCCUUUGGGAGAAGGCCACUGUGCAGCCUGGGACCCUGCAUCCUGGAGGGACAGGGGAGGUGAUAGGGGAACGUGAACUGCCACAUUCUCGUCCUGUAUCCAUGUGGUCUUCUCCAACGCGGGGUCCUGCUGCCUUGAGCAGAAUGCUUUCUUCCAGGCUUCCCCCUAAGAGGACAGGGUGGUUUGCCCAGAUGUGGUAAGCUUGCACUGAGCCCCCCAAGGAAGGGUAUCAUCCUGUGUCUUGAGCUUUACCCAAGGCUGCAAGUCAUAGGAGUUAGCUCAGCCCAGGCUGGCACUGAAUCCCGAGGAUCCCUGGGCAGAGGGAAAGUUGCCAUCUGACUUUUGUCUUUCCCUAAUCCUGAUUUUACUGUCAGAGGGAGGGCCACCUCCGUAGUGUUCUGAUUCCACAGUCCCGAUGAGAGGCUUUCUGGACCUCAUUCAAGGAGGGAAAGGCACUUUGGUCUUAUUACCAAGAAACACAGACUCCUAGAGCCAACCCCACCUACCAGGUCACCUCUUUGUCAGGAAAGCUCUGGCUGCUUCCCAGGGCUCCAGUACAGAGACAGGGCAAAUUCUUAUUCUCUGGACGUUCAUGGGAACAGAUCAGAAUGGUGCUGAGAGUGAUAGAAAAGCAGCUAAGUACAAGAAACAGUAAUCGGUGAAGAUUGGAGUUUUCAGAGGGAGGGGGAUAGCUACAAGGAGCAUUUACAACAGCUCUUUGAUAUUUAAUAUGUUCUAGUAACUUAUUUUUGAACUGUGAUACCUUAUCCCCAUAGGCUUGCAAAUGAAAAGAAAAAUCCAUUCAAAAUGCUUUUAGUUAAACCGUGCAAAUCUUCCAUGGAUAGGAGGGAAGAAAAGUGAUGUGGAAACCUGCAGUGCUGGGCCCAGAAUAAGGAGGGGGAAACCCAGGGGUUCCAGGCAGCUCACAGAUCUUGGAGGCCCAAUAACUGCAACAUUUCUGAGAAAAACCUUCCAGAAAGGUGGACAGAAAGAAACCAUCAUACAUAUUCCUUUUAAAACUUUAGGCAGUUCUUGUUUAAUCUUACCUGUAUUUUUUUCUCUGUUCCAAGAGAAGAUCAAGAAAGAAAAUUCUAAAUCUGCUAAGAGAUUUCUCUUCAAAAGUUAGAUGAUCCCCUCAGCAGCCAUCCAUCCUCUGGGGACUCAGAUGGCAGCUAGGCCACAUGCUACCAUCCGGUCAGAGAGGUCGUGUUGAUUCAGGGAAGGGUACGUUUUGGUCGCAGGCCUGACUGAAUUUACUGACGUAGAUAGGGCAGUUGACAAGUCAUUUAGUUCCACCAUCUCUGCAUCCCAUGGUGUCUCAGUCUCUGAGACAAAAGCAGCUGUAUCUUGAGAUAAGCAGAGUGACAUGUGAUAAGAGCCCGUCAGGCCCCUCUCCUCCUUUCACAUGGUGAGGCGGUUUCCACAUAAUCGCACAAGGAAACACAUUUCAAGAGAUAAGACAGCAAGUGUCAUGUGUCCAGAACCCACAGAAGUCAAACCAGGAAACUGCUGUUGGGGUUCAGGCACAAGGUUGACUUGAAGAGUUCCUCACAUGAGCCCUGACAAACAGACGUGGCUCCUGCCACAGCACUGGCCCACAUCCAAACAACAGGCUGUCUGGAAAUUCCACUGUCACGAGGAAGAGAGGGCUGAGGGAGCCCAAGUAGGCAGGACAGUGCUCACUUGUGGGGAACCAGGCCAACUUCGAUGGCUGAGCCUCUUGUCAAAAAGCUUAUCAUACCUAACAGCAGAAGACUGCUUUGCUCAAAGAGUCAGAAGGGCAUCCAUGGCCAGAGCUCUGAGGAGCCUCACCUCGUGGAAGAUGACCGUACUCACACCACGGGAGGAAUUACUGAUAGGAGGGACAGAUCGGGAAAGGGCCAGGAGCCUCAGCCAGCAUGACUAGAAAUGGUGAGUGCCAGGAGCGGAAGCUGAGGUGCCCCAACGCACAGCCUUUCCGCUUCCACUGCAGGCUGCGGGAUAGUGAUUUCCAUAAAUUCAAAUAGAUUUUUCACUCCAGCCAAACCCUAACCCUCAGCCCAAAGGUUGUUUUCAUAUUUCCACUUAUAAACUAACAUGACAUCAGCGCUGAGACACAUUUUUGUUUCUUCCCCCUUGAAAAUCAGAAAAAAAGAUACCUCUCCUCCAUGCGUCCAGAUAUUCUCCAGCCACCCUCCUCACCCCAUUCUGAUGGCAGAAGCCAACACCCAAACCUGUUCCUGCUUCUGCACUGCCCUCCCAGGCCCUGGAGGGAAGAAAGAACCUUUCAACAAGCCACAGCUGGGCCUGAAGUUGUAGGUCAGGUGCUGGUGUUCCACAUGUGCUAUCAGCUCUGUGGCUAGCCUGUUUUUACAAAUAAAUGGUUCACCCUAUAAAUAAAAGCCUGUAGGAAAAUGCAA